ACACACGGAUAGUUACGGAAAGAACGGUUGUGUGAAAUAUUUAUAAGUUUUUUCUUUGAAUAUUGCAGGCUAUGCCAAUGCCCUUGUCAGUAACUUAGCAAAAUGUUGUUUUUGAUUUAAAGAAUGUAGAGGUAAAAUACAUUGAUUAAGCAUGAAUAACUAAAAUUGGAAAAACUACGUCAGAACGGUGAGAAACAAAAUGUCAGCCUUGCAGAAGCAAGCACUAAAAGCUAAGAUAGGUGGUUUACCACCUUUACCACCACAUGGGCUUGGUGGACCAGGGAAAAGACCAUUUAUAAGAAAACGAGACUACACCCCCAUUCACUGGGAUAAGUACUUUGAGAGAAUGCAUAAUGUCAAGUGUGGAGACAAUGAUACUUUCCGAGUUUAUGAAUGUGGGAGUGAGGGUCCGGUUGUGUUCUUUCUCCAUGGGGGAGGAUUUUCUGCCCUCAGCUGGUCUCUCCUCUCUUCUACUCUGUCUGGACUGGUUACGUGUCAGUGUGCAGCAGUGGACAUCCGAGGACAUGGAGAUUCCUCAACCUCAGAUGACACAGAUUUGUCAGCCGAGAGAUUGUCAAGUGAUGUUGGGAACAUUGUAAAAGAAAUGUAUGGAGAUGAUCCUCCUCCCAUUAUUUUGAUUGGUCAUAGUAUGGGAGGAGCCAUUGCUGUACACGCAGCCUUCAGGAAUCUCAUCCCCUCCCUCAUUGGACUGGUCAUUAUUGAUGUUGUUGAAGGAACAGCAAUGGAUUCCCUCAGUAGCAUGCAGUCCUUUUUGAAAGGAAGACCAAAAGUUUUUAAAUCUCUGGAACAAGGAAUUGAAUGGUGUGUAAGAAGUGGACAGGUGAGAAAUGUGGAAUCGGCCCGAGUUUCCAUGGUUGGGCAGCUAAAAAGAGUUGAAACAGAAGAAACUGCAACAGCGGAAUUGGACCAUCAGUUUGUGACUGGUUCUCAUUCAGAGGGAACCAGCACAAUCAUGGAGGAAGAUGAAGAUGAAAGCAAUGCCAAUCCAACAAAGGAAGAACUUCAACCCUCAGAGAAAAAUGCCAAUAGCUCACCCACAUCAGACUCCAGGACACAGCCAGAAUUCAAGACUCCUGCUGUCCCUGUUACCUUGAAUGAAGACUCGCACCAUUACACCUGGAGGAUAGACUUGGGUAAAACAGAACCUUUCUGGAGAGGAUGGUUUGAAGGGUUGUCAACAAAAUUCCUGUCAUGUGUGGUCCCCAAAAUGUUAUUGCUGGCAGGGGUAGAUAGGCUUGAUAAAGAAUUAACCAUUGGCCAGAUGCAAGGAAAAUUUCAGAUGCAGGUUCUUCCUCAGUGUGGCCAUGCUGUACACGAGGAUUCUCCAGACAGGGUAGCAGAGGUACUGGCCACAUUUCUGGUCCGACACAAAGUUGCUCCUCCCACUGCUGACUUCCACAGGACUUUUCCGUCGUGUUGACUUGGCAUUUACACAUAGAAUGAACUGCGAGUACCCAUUCUGUGGAUCAAUUCGGCAGUAAGGCUGUGAAAGUGACGUCAGAAAGUAUCGACAACUUCUAUCAUUAUGUUACUGCUGCAUGAAAUUCCCGUUGGACUGAUGUGAUUUCUGUGUGAAAUACCGGUUCGACCGGAAACGACUUCCUUCCAGCACUCCAUGAGUGGAGAGAUUUCAUUUCUGUUUUAUGCAUCAUUAGAGAAUCCAUUCUAUUUGGUGAUAAGGAACUGUAUCCUGCCACAUCGUAUAGGAAUUAUCACCAGAUAUUUCCAAUGUUAGCUUUUGGCUCCCGAGCUGAAAGCAUAGAUGUGCUUUUCUGAUCAAAAAUACACGUUGUCAAGCUAUCCGAGUCUAAAUCGUCCUUGGGCAAAGAGGAUUCAAGUUUGUGUGAAUGAAAGACCAUAUAAUAAAUAGGGUGGGGUGUUUUUAAGAAUAUCAUAAACAGUUGGAUCUAUUUGUUACAAAAAUUAAAGAUUAGAAAUUGAAACUGUUCAGGUGAGAAAUGUGGUCUGUAGGCCUCUUAUUCAUUUGUGAUACUUAAGUUUAUGAUAUGCACAAGGUCGUGUAAUAAUAAAAAAUAAAUCAUAUA